AGGAACUUUGUUUGAGUUGCAUUAUGUUCCAUUUCAGGACAACAGCGACGGCUGCUGGGAGCGGGAGCUCGGAGGCGACCUGGAGGUGAAUGCGAACGCCCGAAGGACGACAAGGCAAGAGCAGAACGACGCCUACCUGCCGGCCGAGAUGGGGAUCAUGAGCAAGCAGCCCACCAACUACUUCUGCAAGACGCUCACCACCAGCGACACCAACACGCACGGCGGCUUCUCCGUGCCGUGCCAUGCCGCUGAGCGCGUCUUCCCUCCUCUGGAUGCUCAGGAGCUAAUUGCGAGGGACAUCCAUAACAACGAGUGGAAGUUCAGGCACAUCUUCCAAGGAAAUGGUGAAGCAAACGGCAAUGGCAAGCUGGUCAGCGUCGUCAUCUGGACAGAGGCAUGCCAGCAAUGGUAAGCUGAUGCUACUUGUUUUUCCUCGCAGGCAAUCAAAGUACUCAAUGAUGAGAUGAAUUGUGACAUUAUCAAGAUUGGUAGCAUCGUAAGAAACAAGGUAGACUUUGUCCCAUUUCUUAGUCUUGUGUAUGUCAACAUGCCAUGUGUUUCUGGAACCCCUUGGUGGUGAUUUGUGGUACUGGAACCUGUUGUUGGUUGAAAAAAUAGUUAUCUUGGACAUGAAUCUAGUUUCUGGUCGUGGGACCAUCUUGAAGUGAAUGUGAUGUUUGAGUUUGAUACCCAAGUUGGUGUAGAAUGUUUUUGCUUGUCAUCUGACACUGGGAAAUCUCAUGUUUGGUCAGUGAAGUGAAUCUGUUACUUAUA